UCGUGCCCAGGUUUCACUUUCAGUCUUGAACGGCAGCAGCCACAUCCCCUUCUCUCGAUCUCUCUCUCAGGCCUUGAAUCGAUCGACCCCCACCCCCCACACACCCCCCCCCACCCACCGCCCACACCACCCACACCACGCCCGGUGGAACGACAUGGCUGCCCUGCGGAUUGACCCCCCGACGCAGAAGCUGGUGGAUAGCUUCAGAAAGGACGUGUGUGCUCAGGCUGAGGGUCUCGUAGCCUCGUUCUUCCCAGAGAAGCUGAAGGAACUGGACACACUGCUGAAGAGGAAUGACCUGAACCUUCAGGACGUGUCAGUAAUCCGGGCGGAACUGGACAUUCCCAUUCCCGAUCCGGCAAAGGAUAAACAGAAAGAGGAGGAGAAGAAGAAGAGGGGAGCGGCCAAGAAAGAUAAGGAUAGCACCAAAGAUAAGGACAAGGAAAAGGAGAAGGAUAAGGAUGAUGAAGACAGUGGUCCCCCCUGUGGGCCGGUGCCCAGUAAUGACAAGAUCCUGGCCCUGCUGAAGGAGGUCAAGCCGGAAAUCAACCUGCUGAAGGAGAAAAGCAACAUGGUGAGCAUGUGGAUUCAACUGCAGGUCCCCAAGAUCGAAGAUGGCAACAACUUUGGCGUGGCGGUACAGGAGAAGGUGUUCGAGUUGAUGACGAACAGCCGGACAAAGAUCGAGGGAUUCCAAACACAGAUCACCAAGUACUUCCUUGAUCGGGGUGAUGCAGUAGCUAAGGCAGCCAAGCAGCAGCACGUGGACGAUUACCGACAGCUGAUACACGAGAUCGAUGAGGCCCAGUACAAUGACAUCCGAGCCAUGGUGAUGGAGAUCAGAUAUCAAUAUGCGAUCUUGUACGACAUCAUCACCAAGAAUUUCACAAAGAUCAAAUUGCCGAGAGGGGAAACGAAGGCUCUGAUCUACUGAGCGAGAACGCGACGCUCCCCUUCUCCCUGUCUGCCUCCUACCUCUACCCACGGGCGGCCUGCGUUCAGCUCCUCGGUCACUCGAUGUCUGGGAUGUCCGCCCUCCGCCCCUCUCUCUCUCUCUCUCUCUCUCUCCUGCUGGUCUCUGUCCGUGGACCCGAGCGUCUAUGCGCCUGGCCCUCCAUCUCUCGGUGCCAUAUCUGGGUGUAAAUUUGUAGGGCUGGGUGUAGCCUGUUAACGAUCGUGCCAAUAAAGGUUUUCUCCGACA